AUGUACGCCCAGCGGAUCGUCGACGCCGACGACUUGGACGGUGAGGCCGACGGCCUCUCUCAGCAGAUCCUACAGCAACAGAGCGGUCCAGAGGACAUGCCUGGAGAGGUCCAGGGCGACGUCGAUGACAACGUGGAUCUACCGGAGUCGGAUUACGAUGCCUACCACUUGGACUACGAUUCUCCAGAGGAUGAGCCUGACUGGGAUGACGACGAAGGCCACCGUGACGAGUUCUACGUCAUGCGCGCUGAACCCGUCUUCACGACCCGGACGAGGAGAAGGAGGCGGUUCCGUCUUCCAUCGAAUACGAUGCGAAGCGUAUCCUGCAGUCCUUCCAAUUGGAAGCCACGACCGCACCUACCAAAUCCCUCACAAACGCGUGGCUGUACGAUUCCCGUAUACGCCGGUUGA